AUGGAGAUGCGCCGCCUCACGACGCCGGUGGUCAUCGACAACGACGAUGACGACGACGACAUGGGUCGUCGGCUCGAGGCGCCUGCGUCGGGGGCAUGCAAAGAUCCAGCAGGCCCCGAGUCGGCCGACAUCUUCCCGCGGUGGCUCGUCGAGCGCAAGGACUUUCAGACGUUCUUUCCACGCUUCUCCAACAAGGUGAUCCUCGAAGACGACAAGCUCCGACACGCGGCGCAGAAGGACCCGGAUGCGCGCAACGGCAUUGACAUUCAGCUCCUCUCCAAGUGGCUCGUCAACGUUCCGGCGCUCAAAUCGCUCAACGUGCCACAGGCCGGCGAGCUCGCCAAGCGCAUGCGCUGGGCGUCCGUGGACCCACUCGAAUUUGUGUUUCAUAAAGGCGACAUUGGCGAUGCCUGCUACAUCCUUGUCACUGGCGAAGUGUACGUGGUCGUCAACAACGAGCGCGUCGGGACACUCAAGAAGGGCAUGAGCUUCGGCGAAGUCGCGCUCGAGCUCGAGGACGCGCGCCGCACCGCCGACAUUCAAGCGAGCGAGCGCGGCGCCGAGCUUCUCGUGAUUCGCGGCGAAGACUACCAAAAGAACGUGUUUCGCUACCAAGCCAAGCGCCGAAAGAAGCUCACGCGCUGGCUCCGGAACGACAUUGCGAUUUUCCGGGAUUUUUCCGACAACAAACUCCGGUAUUUCGAGUCGGUCUCAGUGGACCUCUUUCUGCACGCGGGCAACUGCGUCUACAUGGAAGGCGAAGACGUCGGCGCGCUCUACUUUGUCAAAUCUGGGUCCAUCUCGCUCGAGAAGAACGUGCUCUUUGAAACCAAGCAUCGACGCCCCGUGACCGUGCAUUCGUGGGUCGUGCAGUCCCACAAGACGAGCGUCCAAGUGCCAUGCUUCACGGUCGAAGCCACGGGCUCGUUUGGCAUGGAAUUCUUUGUUCAACUACCAGCACGGAGCCAUACGGCUGUCGUGCUCACGGAUACGCACUUGGUCGCGAUCAACAAGGUCGACUGCGCCUCGACCAUGCAUACGUUUAGCGUCAAAGCCGUGGACCGUCUGUGUGAAAAGUACCGCGAUAUUUGGAACGCCACCGUGACGUCGACGCAAAAGCAAGUACGUGCGUACAACAGGCACCAGCGACACAGCAGCGCCCUCGUACCUCAAGUUGGCGCCAACAGCCCGGUUUUUGUGCGGCAGCGGCAUCCCGACUCGAAAGAAGAACAGCCGAAUCACCAAUUCCCAAGCCUCGAGCGGGCAGCGUGGACAGCGACGAACGCGGUGGUCGCCAAGGCCCAGCGCGGCUGCGACCCUGCGACGACCAACUUUUCACUCUCGUCGUCCACGUCGUCGCCGACGCUCGGUUCCACGACGGCGUCGAUGCUGUCCUCCAUGUCGGCGUCCGUAUCGUCGACAGUCUCCAUGAAGAGCCUCCCGCGCCUAUCAUCGUGAUCGUACACUGGGCGCACCAUCCGCAUCCUCCGCAUCACUCGACAUGUCUUUCACGCAAAU